UAAUAAAAGCGACGUAAAAUAUUAUUCUGUACGCACACGUUGGUGAAAACUUUUAUCUCGACCAAGAUGGAACACUUAAUAUUAUAUCCGGAUAUCAUAUAUCCGGAACAUUCAGUAAGAGCAUGGGUCGAUUGCACCGCUCACGUGGAGCAGGCGGUCCCCGAGGCAGAUCGAGCUCUUUUAUACGAAAAAAUGGGCAUAGUCAUAUCCGUGCACUGCCACAUGAUUUCGUGCUCGGGAUGGGAGAAUUUAGGUCCGCUUCUGGGGUGGGAGCUAUUUUUGCAGUUCAUGAACAAUCCCGUCGAUUCCGAUUUUCCGAAAAAUUACAGGUUCUACAGGAUAAUGUACGGCGAGCGACACGACGGUAUGCAAUUCGACCACCAAAUUGCUGACAAUAGACUCCUCUUGGAAGCCAAUGGCACAACUUACAACGUUGGGUACAGAAUACAAUUCGCAUUUUAUCCUUGGUGGCGUCAGAGCUACGAACAGAAUUUUCCAACUUUGUUUACAUUGCCUAGUAUCAAAUAUUAUAAGACAGUUUUUAAUUUAUACAAAUCCUUCAAGUAUCUCCUUAAUUUGGCAGCGCAAUGUAACGAGUCUGAUCGACUAUCGACUAUCGUCGACUAUCAAGUUCUGAUGCACUUGAAUUUCACAGUGCAUAAGUCUAUAUCAGCCUUCAUUGCAUGACAAUGUGAGCAACGUUGAUUCACUUUCAUAACAACCCAAGAAUACGUAUCAAGAGUCGAAAUUAAAAAUUUUCAUUUAUUUCUACGCGCUGUAUUAGAAAGAAGUCUUCGCCGUAAUUUCAAAAAAACGCUCCGUAUCGAGCGACAAAAUAAAUGAAACGGGCUAAAAA